AUGUUGUCAAUUACAGUCACAACGACCUUUGUAACACCUACGACAGCGGAAACCACUACACUAAUGACAACGGAAAGUAGUACUGGAACACCUGAAAUAACCACAUCAGAAAUGACAACGACAGUGGAAUCCACCACAUCCUUCACAACACCAAUGUCGACAUUUGCAUCAGCCGAUUCGACAGACUCGUCUGCAACGGUCUCUAGAACAGAAGAACCUACCCCAACUUCAUCGGAAACAACAGAAACACAAAAAUCCACAACUUCAGAAACGACCUUUACAACACGGGAAUCCACAACAUCAACAGAAACAACCUUUAAAUCACUACCAUCUACAACUACAGAAACAACCACUAAAACACCGGAGUCCACAACUUCAACGGAAACGACCUUUGAAACACCGGAGUCCACAACGACAAUAGAAACAACAUUUGAAACACCGGAAUCCACAACUUCAACAGAAACAACCUUUGAAACACCGGAGUCCACAACUUCAACGGAAACGACCUUUGAAACACCGGAGUCCACAACGACAAUAGAGACAACAUUUGAAACACCGGAAUCCACAACUUCAACGGAAACGACCUUUGAAACACCGGAAUCCACAACGACAAUAGAAACAACAUUUGAAACACCGGAAUCCACAACUUCAACAGAAACAACCUUUGAAACACCGGAAACCACAACCUCAUCGGUUCCUACCAUUACUGACACGACAGCGACAGUGACGAUUACGACACCGGUUACACCUACAGCGACAACACCGACUAAGCCGACCUUCGAGAUAAAACCCACCACAAAGCCCAAAGAAGACACGAUAAUACAGGUGGACGAGCAAUUUGAAGCUAAUGCUGACUGUAAUGAUACCGAGAACAGUUUCCUCCAAGAAGUCGUCAUUGACAACGAUUUCGGAAAGGAUGAUUUUGUUUACGCUCUCCAUAGACUGAAAGCGAGUGAGGAAAGCUUCUGUGUGGUCGAGACGGUUUUCUCGCAAAACUCUAACAUCUCUGCCAAUUCAUCCUGGUAUUACAUGGAUGAAAACGACCUAAUUUACUUGGAGGAGAAGGAGUACCAGAGAGAUGUGCACAUUGGCUAUGGCAUAUUGGUCAUCUUGCCGCUGAUAAGUGUCGACGGCACUGUCAUGUUCGUCAUCCUACUAAGGACUUUUACGGCCGAACCUGCUAAUCCUAUCAUUCAAAUCGCACAAAGCUUCCAGUCGCACAGAGACUGCGGUUGUAUAGGCGACAACGGGGUCGAAGAUUUGGGCAACAGAACGGAUGAUGUGAUGCAUUCUGUGAUACAACACUUCACUGAAAUAUCGUAUUAUAACGCUAGCAACAUGGAUUUGGACUCCCUAACAGACUACAUGCAGAUGUUGGCUGCGGUCCCCGCGUUCGAACGCCAUUUGUCAGAUAUUAUUGUCCUUAAUGUUUUUGAAGAAGAGUGUGAGGAAAAUGAGACAACCACCAUUUCAAGUACAACAGGAACAACUGUACCACUGGUUACAACUACAGUGGCAACUACUACGGAAACCACAAAGAAACCGACGUUCGUGAUAGAGCCAAUCACGAAACCUAAAGAAGAUACGAUAGUACAGGUGGACGAGCAUGCAGAUCCCUAUGCUGACUGUAAUGAUACUGACAGCAGCUUCCUGCAGGAAGUCAUCAUCGAUAACGAGUUCGACAAGGAUGAAUUUGUGCACGCAGUACACAGACUGAAAGCGAGCGACGAAAGCUACUGUGUGGUCGAAACGGUUUUCUCGCAAGACCCUAACAUCUCUGCCAAUUCAUCCUGGUAUUACAUGGAUGAGAACGACCUGAUUUACUUGGAGAAGAAGGAGUACAAUAGAGAUGUGCAUAUUGGCUAUGGUGUAUUGGUGGUCUUACCUUUGAUAAACAUCGAUGGCUCCCUCCAGUUCGUCGUACUAUUCAGGACUUUCACGGCCGAACCCGCCAGUCCUAUCGUUCAAAUUGCACAGAGCUUCCGAUCGCAUAGAGAUUGCGGGUGCAUUGGCGAGGACGAAGUCGAAGGUCUGGGCAAUGGAACGUAUGAUGUGACGAGUUCAGUGAUACAACACUUCACCGAAACAUCAAGCUAUAAUAUCAGCGGAUUGGAUAUAGAGUAUCUCACAGACUACAUCCAGAUGCUGAUCGCGGUCCCUCCCUUUGAGCGUCAUUUGUCAGAGAUUAUUAUCCAUAGAACUCUUGAGGAAGAAUGUAAAGAUAAUGAAACGACCACCAUUUCAACUACAACAGGUAUGUUCUCUUUUUUGUAUAUCAAAUAUGCUGCACUUUUCUUUUCGUCGUUAUCAUACAGAUAUAUAACAUAUGCAAAUACACAUAUUCAUAUUAUUAACACGGGAUUUACCAUAGUAGAAACAUCCAUUGUGCCAUCUAUAACAUCUACAUCAUUAGCAGAAAUAACAUCAGAAGCUUUAUCAGGAACUCCUACAAUACAAACUACAAAGCCACGUAUUACUACAACACUAGGACCUACAACUACGAUAUUUACAACUGAGACACCAGAACCUACAGUCACUGAAGUUACUACAACACCGGAAACCACAAUCAUUGAAGUUACUACAACACUGGGACCUACAGUCACUGAAGUUACUACAACACCUGAACCUACAGUCACUGAAGUUACUACAACACCGGAAACCACAAUCACUGAAGUUACUACAACACUGGAACCUACAGUCACUGAAGUUACUACAACACCUGAACCUACAGUCACUGAAGUUACUACAACACCAGAAACCACAGUUACUGAAGUUAUUACAACACUGGAACCUACAGUCACUGAAGUUACUACAACACCGGAAACCACAGUUACUGAAGUUACUACAACACUGGAACCUACAGUCACUGAAGUUACUACAACACCGGAAACCACAAUCACUGAAGUUACUACAACACCGGAAACCACAGUUACUGAAGUUACUACAACACUGGAACCUACAGUCACUGAAGUUACUACAACACCGGAACCUACAGUCACUGAAGUUACUACAACACCUGAACCUACAGUCACUGAAGUUACUACAACACCGGAACCUACAGUCACUGAAGUUACUACAACACCUGAACCUACAGUCACUGAAGUUACUACAACACCGGAAACCACAAUCACUGAAGUUACUACAACACCGGAACCUACAGUCACUGAAGUUACUACAACACCGGAAACCACAAUCACUGAAGUUACUACAACACCGGAACCUACAGUCACUGAAGUUACUACAACACCGGAACCCACAGUUACUGAAGUUACUACAACACCGGAAACCACAAUCACUGAAGUUACUACAACACCGGAACCCACAGUUACUGAAGUUACUACAACACCGGAACCCACAGUUACUGAAGUUACUACAACACCGGAACCCACAGUUACUGAAGUUACUACAACACCGGAACCUACAGUCACUGAAGUUACUACAACACCGGAACCUACAGUCACUGAAAUUACUACAACACCGGAACCUACAGUCACUGAAGUUACUACAACACCGGAACCCACAGUUACUGAAGUUACUACAACACCGGAACCUACAGUCACUGAAGUGACUACAACACCGGAACCUACAGUCACUGAAGUUACUACAACACCGGAACCUACAGUCACUGAAGUUACUACAACACCGGAACCUACAGUCCAUGAAGUUACUACAACACCGGAACCUACAGUCACUGAAGUUACUACAACAUCGGAAAUCACAACUGCUACUGCACCGCCCGACGUUAUCGUCCCUAUUGAAGAGGGAAAGGGCGAUGGGAUCAUUCAGAUAUCAUCGAAUGUAAACAUGACCUGUGACGACGUUGAGCCAGAGGACUUCGUUCAGGAUGUUGCCAUUGAAAACAAAUACGAGAAGGAUGACUUUGAAAUGGCCCUACACAGACUGAAGCGAAGCGAAGACAGUUAUUGCGCAGUGCAAGCUGUACUUUGCCAAGAUCCUAACAACACGAUGAAUUCUUCUUGGUACUACAUGGACGAUGAAGGUCUAAUCCGAAUGGAAAAUGGGGAGAAGUACCAGGCAGAUGUUCAUAUCACCCAAGGACUCUUGAUGAUUCUGCCUUUAAUCGACAGCGAUGGUAACCUUAAUAUCGUCAUACUAAUCAGAACCUUUAACGAUGAGCCUGCGAGUCCAAUCGUCCAGAUCAGUCAGACAUAUGCGGAUCACAAUAAGUGCCAUUGCAAAAAUAGAGAGACUUUUAAGUCUUCUAGCAAGGUUGCUGAUGACGUAUCGUUCCACAUUGCACAACAUUUUCAGGAAAGUUCUACAAGCUUAUUAAAACCAAGACGAUCCCUUAGAAAUGUAGUGAUUGACCCUACGACGGAGUUCAUCAACAUGCUCAAUGCUGUGCCGCCCUUCCAACGUACAGUAAGAGACCUCAUAAUCGUGGAAGAGCUUGAAUGCAAUGAAACGACAACAGAGCCUCCCACAGAAUCAUCAACAUCAACGGAACUGACAACCCCAGCGAGCGUCUCUUUACCGCUGGAUACAUCAACGCCCUCAGAAAUAACAACAACGGUAUUGCCUCUCUCCUCAACUUUUACAUUCGCGUCCAACACAAUGGAAAUCACUACGACACCAGGUAACUUAAUUUCUAGUUGUGAAGUAGCAUGGCAAUUCUAAAACUGGAUUAUUAACAACUAAGGAUUUACAAUGGAUCCAAAUGAAAUAAAAUCAACUGAAGAAAUGAAAGAAAAUAAGAAUCAACAUUAAAUUAUCCUUUACAUUUCAGAUUUUUUCGCAUAUUUUCGUUUACAUCUUUUAUUUAGAUUAAGGAUAUUAUGGGAAUUAAAGAUUUUUCAUAUCAGUUCCCUUUUAAAUAUAUGCUUGUGUGAGCGAGUGAGUGAGUACGUGUUUGUGUGUGUGUGCGUGUGUGUGUGUGUGUGUGUGUGUGUGUGUGUGUGUGUGUGUGUGUGUGUGUGUGUGUGUGU